AUGCCAGAUUCAUUUCCAAAGGAAACGAAAAGCCCCAGCUACGCAUCUUCAGAGCAUUCUUCAAUAGUAAGCGCUAAUAGUUAUAAUUCUAGUGCGGGCAAUAGCAAGACCAGAGGUUAUUUCAGGAACUUUAUAGACUCUUACAAAAGGGCCGACCCUUCUCAAUUACACAAUGCCAGAUCAGAAGAUGUAGAAGAUGGUAUUGCUUCAAUUAGAUCAGAUACUCAAUUCAAAAAAUCUCUAAGUUCCAGACAUGUCAUCAUGAUGUCUUUGGGGACAGGAAUAGGUACAGGUUUAUUAGUUGCCAAUGCAAAAGGUUUAUAUUAUGGUGGUCCAGGUUCCUUAAUCAUAGGUUAUGUCUUGGUUUCAUUCGUAACUUACUUCAUGAUUCAAGCUGCAGGUGAAAUGGCCGUUGCAUAUCCCACUUUACCUGGUAAUUUUAAUGCCUAUCAAUCUAUUUUCAUUUCAAAAUCGUGGGGAUUUGCUACUGUGUGGCUAUUCUGUAUCCAAUGGUUGACUGUUCUACCAUUGGAAUUAAUCACGUCAUCUUUAACAAUUAAAUACUGGAAUGACAAAAUUAAUGCUGACAUUUUUGUCAUGAUCUUUUACGUAUUCUUAGUGGCAAUUCAUUUGGUUGGUGGAAUUCGUGCUUAUGGUGAAACUGAAUUCUUAUUUAACUCAUGUAAGAUAUUGAUGGUUAUCGGUUUCAUCAUCCUAUCAAUUGUCAUAAAUGCUGGCGGAGCUGGUAAUGACGGUUAUAUUGGAGGUAAAUAUUGGCAUGAACCUGGUUCUUUUGCAGAAGGUGAUGCCACUUCUAGAUUUAAAGGUAUUUGUCUUGUUUUGGUAUCAGGUUAUUUCUCAUACGGUGGUACUGAAUUAUAUGUUUUAUCAGUCAAUGAGCAAGCUGAACCAAGAAAAGCUACCCCAGCAGCCGCAAAGAAAUCCAUUUACCGUAUUUUGAUCAUCUAUUUAUUGACCAUGAUUUUGAUUGGUUUCAACGUUCCUCACAAUAAUGAUCAAUUAAUGGGUGCUGGUGGUUCAGCAACUCAUGCCUCGCCUUACGUUUUAGCUGCCACUAUCCACGGUGUUAAGAUUGUUCCUCAUUUCAUCAACGCUGUUAUUCUAAUAUCAGUUAUAUCUGUUGCAAAUUCAUCAUUGUUUGCUGGCCCUAGAUUACUGAGUUCAUUAGCUACUCAAGGUUAUGCUCCAAAAAUUUUAAGUUACGUAGAUAGAGAAGGUAGACCUUUGGUAGCAUUAGGAAUAUCGUUUUUGAUUGGAUUAAUCGCAUUUGUUUCAUGUACAUCUCAUGAAGAAGAAGUUUUCACUUGGUUAGCUGCCAUUGCUGGUUUAAGUGAAAUUUUCACCUGGAGUGGUAUCAUGUUUUCUCAUGUUAGAUUUAGAGCAGCUAUGAAGGUCCAAGGAAAGGACAUCAAUGAGCUAGGAUACAAAGCUAAUACAGGUGUUUGGGGCUCAGCAUAUGGUGCUUUUUUUGGUGUUCUAGUGCUAAUUGCCCAAUUUUGGGUAGCACUAGCACCAAUCGGUAAUGGCGGAAAAUGUGACGCAGAGGCAUUUUUCGAAAGUUACUUGGCAUUUCCCAUCUGGGUUGCCUGUUACUUUGGUUAUAUGAUUUAUAAUAAAGAUUUCACCCUACUAUCACCGCUUGAUAAAAUUGAUUUAGAUUCUUAUAGAAGAAUUUAUGAUCCUGAAUUAAUCAAACAAGAAGAUGAAGAAAAUAAAGAAAAUUUGAAAUCCAGACCGUUAUAUUAUAAAAUAUACAGAUUUUGGUGUUGA